ACCGUCCAUCCACGGGCAUGUAACCCGUCCGUUAAACAGGUCAUGGCAGCCCUCAUCAGUAAGCAUAAUAACUGACUAGCGACGCUUUCCUUUAUCAUCACAUUCCGCUCCAUUGUUUCGGUUUGCUCAGCCAAGCAGCAACAGGACCGACCGACAGUCAGACAGACCAUACAGUCAGCCUUGUCGAGUGUCGUGUUGAGUGAUAUUCCUCCCAAUACGAGUCUACAGUUUCACAACCGCUCACUCCUCUUGCACGUUUUUUCUACCCGUUGCUCGUCCACACUUUGGCCUUUCGUCAUUAUGAGGCUCACCUCCCCACUCGUCCAUCAGCUUUAACUUUACACUUGUUCCCGUCUCUGCGAUAUCCGUAGCUGAUAUGCAGUUUCUCCCUUUAGUUAACAAGGCGAGAAAGCCCAAAUUUGAACUGCACCUCAAGAUCUACGAUCUGAACAAUGUGCCUCUCGUGUCGGGCGUGUCCUUGAUCAAAUGGAGUCUCCCAGGUAGUAUCCACGGGGAGCACCGGGGUCGCACCCAGAAAUGCCCCAUCUUGAACCACCGCGUCGAUUACCACUACUCCAAGCUCGUCCCCGUGCGCAUCUCCAUAGAUCGCAACAACCACUUGGCCGAAUGCCCCAUCGAGUUUGAGGUUUUGCAAGAGUUCAACCUCGGUGGCGCGGGCGGCGUGAUCGGUCGAGACGAGAAGAUCACGCUCGGCACCGUGCGUCUUAACCUCAGCGAAUACAUCGAAGAGGGCGAGGCUAUUUUGCGUGAUGGCGGCACUGCUGCCCCAGCCUCGUUCGGUCCUACUUUCAACUUACCUGGACCUGGAGACACCAAGUCGGGACAUCACCGCAAGCGUAGCUCACUCAGUGGCAUGGGGCCAGACAUUGGAUCUUUGGCAGAAGAAGAAAGCGUGCCAGCAACGCUCGUGCGGGACGGUGUGGUGCGACGCUAUCUGAUGCAGGAGAGCAAGAUCAACUCAACCCUCAAGAUCAGCAUCCUGAUGGUGCAGGUUGAUGGAGAUCGCAACUACGUUGCCCCCCCCCUUAAGACGGCCCCCGUGUUUGGCGGCAUCGCUGGCUUCGUGGCAAACGACGCACUGGAGCCUGUGGACGCCGGCGCCAACGCCGGCCAAGUGCCUUCGCCGGGCAACAAGUCGGGUGACGCGUUCGAGCUGCAAGAUGUAUACCGCCGCGCCCUCGCCGCCAGCUGGGCAUGCCAGCCCGGCGAGCUACCUGCCGAUCAGUGCAUCGAAGACAUAUUCGCCGGCGGGGACGGCUUCCGCACAGCGCCGUCCGCGAAUAAGAGGCCCUCUUCGCAGCCGCGACAUCCCCAUAGUCCUCCGGUUACUGGUCAGAAUCACGGCAUAAGAACCGGAGGCUCUAGCGGCGGUGUGACGGGUAACAGUUCCCCUAGCACGGGCGGGUCGGCAAGCAACGCUCCGCGGGAGGACAACGAUUCCCCCUCGGGCGACGACGAGAGUACAGAUAUGAUGGCCACUCUAAAGCCUCGUGACAUGGCGAGGUUGCGCAGCCAUCUGCACUUGCACCAUUUGCGCCAUCACAGCGGCGCUAGUGACCGGAGCACAGGCACUGCCCUGGGGGGCGACCAAAGCCGCAGCAGUCGCAACCCCGACCGCGACCGUGAAACAGAUCGAGAACCAAGCCGCGGUAUAGGGCUGAACCUCAGUGGCAACCUCAGCGGCAGCGGCAGCAGUAACGGCUCAAAUCGCGACUUAACGCAGCUGCUCAACCACCGCCGCAACAGUAGUAAGGACACCACGGGUGGCGGUAGGCGCAGCCGCAGCGAGAGCCUAGCGACGACAAUUGGUAGCGAUCGAGAACGCAAUCGCGAUGGCUUGAAGCGCGCCCGUGAGGUUGACGAGUUUGACAUGCGCGAUGAUCUCGUUGCCUGGGCCGUCCCGGUUAUACCAACCUAGCCCCCCUUUUUUCUCUUGCUUGUUUAUAUUUCCAUCCUGUUUGCUACCCCCUUUCAAUGGGUUUCUAUCAGCUGAGUUAUUCUCUUCGGGUUCUCAACCGACUGACGGCUUUUU